AUGACUAGCCCGCAGUCCGCCGGCAAAGGCUCCGCUCACGCCGACGUGGGAGGUGCACAGCCUCCCGGAUCCCCGCCUGCCGGGGGCGCCGUCGCACAGGAGCAUUUCGGCUCACCUACCUCGACCACGUCGUCGGCCGCAUCUCGCCGAUCAGAUGGCUCCACGAAAGCAUCUACUACUUCAUCGACAGGUUCACUGAAGGGGUGGCCCACAGAAUCACCGAUCCCGUCGCCGUCGUCGUCCCCACCGAAACCUCUGGCUUACUCAUUUGCCGCACGACGGCCUUGGGUUUUACGCACCUGGAUGUUCCCUUCUAGCUCGGAGGACAACACUGGUUUCCGCGGCCAUGAAAUCAAGUGGCCUCCGCUGGAGGACUUUUUUUUCGACCCCGACGUUGAUGCCCGGGCGGCGCGCCUCGGCGAGUCUGAGUCAACGAUAACCAAGCCGGCUCCCGGAAUCACGUGGCAUUCAGGCGAACCUGUAUGGGUGAGUGAACUUUUUGAUGCGCCGCCAAUCCUAAUCUAUGACAAUGAUUCACUCUGACGUGUCACAGGAGCCGCAAGGACGACUCGUCAAAACCGCUCUCCGCCAGGAGAGCGACCUGUACGAUCCCGCCGAGCUUCCCGAUUUCGUCGUGCUCUCGCGCCAAUCCUUCGGCGCCAAUCCCGAGCUCGCUGCCGCUUGGGCCCACGACCACAUUGACGAUGGGGCAGAUGUUCUUCGAGACUGGGAACAGGUCGCAGCGGUUGGCGUACUGGGUGGCAUGAAGAAAAGCGACGACACCUCCGAAUACGAGUGUGUAUUCCCCGCCACGCGAUUGAAACACCACCUGCGCAUGCUCGCUGCCGAGUCACCGAUCCGCUCCCACACGUUCGGCUUCACGCUCGACGGCUCGAUCUUGACCCUCUACCUUCACACCCCAUCUGGUUUGUUCUACUCGUCCGAUAUCGAAUGCACCGAAGCGAAUGGGCACCUCUCGACGUUCAUCGAGCGCCUUCUCAGCUUGAAUGAUAUUGACCUCGGCAAGAUUGCCUCGCCUGGAGGACCCGACGGCCCGCCGCUGCCAUUCCCGACGGCUGUGCUUCCACCGCGGGUGCCAUCUUUCGCUCGUCACCUCGCCAAAGUACCCACGAUGGGCUCAAUCGAGAUUGAGAAGACGGUCUUUUGCAGUGGAGAGGUCCUCGGCUUGCAGAAAUCCGCUUCACGAGUCCGAGCGAUCCGGGACGAACCAGGCGACAAUCGCGAAUACGCAAUGACGGUGUCGUUCGUGGAAGAAGCGCGCUGCAACGAACACGAUCAGAUCCGGCAGAUGAUUGCCUCGGCAUCACCCCACGAGCGCGAAGGUCUCACAAACUUUGUGGAUGUGCAUCGACAACACUUCACCCUUGUGCCCCACUUCCUCAAAGGCGAUCUGGACGCCGAGGAAUGCGCCGAAAAAACCGGGCUCAAGCCAAGGGCGAUGGAGGUCACUUUUCAGGAGCGCUGCUUCGAGCCCAUCUGGGCCGUCGACUCGAUUGAAGCGCUGACACGAGCAGUGCUGGGAGCGGUCAAAGGUUCGUUGCGAUCCCGCCUGGGUCAAGGUUAUCCCACUCAUGGCGAAACUGAAUAAGUAAAUUCCUCGGUGCAGGUCUGCGCAGCCUUUACCGAAUGCGCAUCCUGCAUCGCGAUGUCUCACCCGGCAAUAUCAUGAUCGGACCCGACGGUGAGGGUGUAUUGAUCGACUACGACCUCGCCAUACUCAUGGACGGCCCUGUUGGAGAAGCUGCGCGUAUGGAACGAGUUGUGAGGCCUCUCCUCGACUCCGCAAUGCUUCGGUGCAAGUCCGCUGAACCAGAGCUUUCUUUUCACUCCUCCACAGGGCACAUUCGCGUUUCGUGCCAGGUAUCUCCUCAAAGCGAGUAGUCGUACACCCCUUCAACCUUGGCACCAGAUCGAGUCGCUCGUCUAUGUCAUUCUCUUCGUCGUUUUCAAUCGGCCCGGGGGGAGUGGCGACUUGAGCGGAAUGCCCGAAGAUGCCAAGCACGUUUGGAAGCUCUGGAACCAGGAUCCGUCGUUGGCCUUUCUCUGCAAGGAGGGGCUCAUCGGAGCCCCAGCGCAUCGACAGGAAUUUUUGAAACCGUAUUUGGAACACUGGGAGGAUCUACCCGAGCUUGUCGCGCUAGUCGCCAACCACUGUGGCCUCGGUUUACCAUCCGCUUUCACACAUGGCGAGGCGGCCGAGGUGUCACACCUUGAGGCGGGCUGGGGCUCAGGUGAGCUUUCUCAUGACCAGCUUGUUGCGGAUUUGGAGAACUUCCGGGAGAAGAUUGUACAGAAGAAACAGGGAAAGUCUCUGGAUCAUUUUGUCAGUGUGUAGAAUUUUCAGUUUUGCAUGCCAUUCACCUGAUCGUGUAUCAAAUUUCGGUUCUCGUUGGGACCCCUGAAGAAGCAAGGCAAAGACACGAGUGGACAAUUUGCGACAUUAUGUGUAAACCAGGCAUGGAGAAUGAGGUUUGUGUGAGAACAUCAUAUCCUCUGGCUCGGUGUGGUCCUCUCAUACUUGGGAGCGAGCAUCGGUCUCUAUUUCUCGGCUAAAAGGCGUCGGUCAGAUCGGUUGAGGCGUCCAAGUACUUGGUGGCGAUCGCGAAUCCGCGAUGACCGCUCUUUCGAAAGGACUUGCUGUGUCGAAUAUGACGAAUCCGUAUGGCUAUCGCGUCGGCGUCACCCGAGGAGCGCGAAGGUCUUACAAAAUUUGUGGAUGUAAAUCAAGCGACUUCGAAUUCGUCGCCUGCUUCCUCUCGGAACUGAAAAAGGUGGGUUCAAGCCGAGGGCGAUGGAGUUGAUUAGGAGCGCUGUUCGAGUGAAUCUGGAGCAUCGAGUCGACUGAGCCGCUCAUUCGAGUCCCUAUUGGGAAGAGGUUGAAGUUGGGUAUUUGCUCACGCUCUGCCCCAUUUCGUCCCAAUCAGGCAAAUUCGAUAUCUGAUGUCGGAUCAGCUUCCUUCCCUCAGGCUUGCGCAAUCUUUCCCGAAUGCGCAUCCUGCGUCGCGAUGUCUCAACCGUAAACAUCAUGGUCCGACCGGAUGGCGAAGACGUGUCUAUCGAUCAUGACCUCGCAGUAUUCAUGGACGGCCUCUCCGGCGAAGAAGCAAGUGCGUAUCGAGGUGUAAGUCCUCUUAUCAUUCCCGAAAGUCUGUUGUUGUUGCAGAAGGGUCUCUGGUUCCUUGGCGUCGAUAGAUGA